UUGAAGUAUUCACACAUUUCAAGGUUAAAGCUCUCCGUCAUUAUACUCUGUUAAUUAUACAAAUUAACUGUAAAAUUAUUCUUUUGAAACUCAUUCUUGACUAUGAAAGCGUUUUAAAUGAUACAUUUUUAUCUCUGAAAUUAUACUCCUAUUCUAUAAUUGAAAAAGAUCAGCUGAUACUCUUGAUAGUCCGUUUAUGCGUUUACAGCUGAAACUGACAGAAUACAGGUUAUGUGUCUGUGUCCAAAUUCUAAAGUUUUUUUAAAACCUCCAAAUUGUCUAGUUUUUUGACAUUUUGAUAGAAUGACUUUAGAAUUUUCUCAGUGACAGUGAUUCUAUUACUGCUAGUAAGUGCGAUUGUUUAAAGUAAUGAACUAUAAUUUAGAAGAAAUGGGAACCACUGAAAUUGAUGUAAAAAACAUCAGAUACCCCUUUUGUGUUGUUUGGACGCCACUUCCAGUAUUAUCAUGGUUGUUUCCUUUUAUCGGACACAUGGGAAUAUGCACGUCAUCAGGAGUGAUAAGAGAUUUUGCUGGACCGUACACUGUUACGGAGGAUAACAUGGCGUUUGGAAUUCCAGUCAAGUAUUGGAGGCUUGAUGUCACUAAAGUGAACGGCGGCGCUGCAGCCUGGGAUAGAGCGAUUUCAGAUGCGGCAGACGUUUAUAAAACAAGAAUGCACAAUCUUAUCUGUGAUAACUGUCAUUCAAUGGUGGCGAUGGCUCUCAAUAACAUGUCGUACAACAAGAAAACCGGUUGGAACAUGGUCAACCUUGCUGUCAUGAGCCUUGCCUGCAGUCGUUAUAUAAGCUUUUGGGCAUGGCUUCAAACAUAUCUCCCUGCAGUAUUAAUAUAUUCUCUAUUUGUAGUAAUUUUCUAUUCCGGAAAAAUAUUCUCUUAGUUUUUCAACUGUCAAGCAAUGUCUUCCCUCUGUUGAAAAGUUUUUUUUGAAUGAUUUUAAUAAUAUUUUGGUUAUAGGGUCCCGAAUUGUGUAUAUGAGUGAGAAUUUGGAUGAUAUGUGUGAUAAGUAGAAUUAAUAAAACUAAUUGCAUCUUACUUUGUGAGCUAUGAAGCACAUUUAGUUGGUAAUUUUGAAUAACAAAGAAAUUGUAAUUAUCAAUGUUGAAUAGUAUACAUAUGUAAGUAUUUUUUUUUUGUUUUUACUCAGUAUUUUUUGUUAGGCUAUCAAAAAAAGCUUUU